AUGGAUAAUGCCUCGACGAACGAUGUUUUGGCGAGGACUUUGACUGGCCUACUCCUAGAGAAGUAUGGCAUACACUUCUCUCCCGAGAACGGCCAGAUACGGUGUCUCGCGCACGUCGUCAACCUCGUCGUGCAGAAGAUCUUAGCAUCUAUCAUUGAUGCUGAAGAUCCCGACGAGAAUGAUUGGUACCUCCUUCAUAAGUUCCUCCCCUUUCAUUACGACCUCGAAGAUGAUGACGAGCUCAACGCGAUGGAGGAGGAAGAGGCUGCAGCCAUGGAUGAGAAGCUCGCGGACCUGUGUUCGGACGAAGACAAGGAUACACCGAUCAGUGAUGAAGAGAUCCUCAAUGCUGUUCAAAAGCUACGCCUCAUCGUGCGCAAGAUUGUGAGCUCGCCUCAACGUCGCUCGUCGUUCCGCAAACAUGCUGUGCGCCAUUACGAAGGGAAGCCCAAUCCGACUGGUGGGAAACCGCUCACUACGUUAAUGCCGGUCCGCGAUGUGCGUACACGAUGGAACUGUACUCAUGCAAUGAUCGAGCCUCUCACGCUGUUCCCCGAAGACUGGAACUUCCUACAGCAGCUUGCAAAUCUGCUCAGUCACUUCACACAUGUCACCCACAUCAUGUCGAAGCAAAGCAUGCCGACGCUGCCAUGGGUAUUGCCCAUGUAUGCCCAUAUGAAGACAGCUUUGACCGACACGAUUACAAGCCCGAGUACGAAGCCUAUGCUAGCUGUUGCGGCACAGGCUGGUCUUUCGAAACUAGAGCAAUACUACACGAAGGCAAGGGAGUGUCAGUACAAUGUGGUUGCAACAGUGUGCCAUCCAAACCUCCGUGUCAACUGGUUUAGCAAGCUCGGUAGUGAGGAGAAGCUCCGCGCUGAAGCCCUCUUCGAACAUGUCUUCCACGAGUAUGAGAAGAAGCUACCGAAAGCUACGGAUGCGCCUGCACGUCCAGCUCCAGUAGCGACCCCAGCAUCCUUCCUUGACCUACUGUCUGCUGAUGUUCCAGACCCUGAAGCUCAAGAUGGAGCUGAUGUUCAGGACUCAGAGGUCGUACGAUGGCUGCGCUUCGAGGGUGGAAGGGGUAACCCACACGAUCCACUUGGAUGGUGGAAGGUAUGUUCUUCCGUGGCUGUCUGA